AUGACAAGCACCACCACCACCACAACAUUCACGUCAGCUCCAAUGUCCUCCUCUUCUUUCUCUUCAUCAUCAUCAGUAGAGGCAAAACCUAUUCGUUUGUCUGACAUUCUUAGAGUAAACGAAGAAAGAUACUCUGAACUUGUAAAUGAAAUGAACACAAGGUUUGAUCUAUACUUUAUGGAUUUGAACAAACGUGCCAACUUUAUCAAAGAUCAAAUUACCAACUCCUCCUCUCUUUGUUUUGUAACUCCUUCUUUUAAAGGCUUCAAUGGUCUUCCCAAUAGUGGUAAGAAGACUCCUUUCCACUUUAACCAUAGCGGAAAGAAAAAGACACCUCUCAGGACUCCUCCUGUUGGAGUCUAUCACUCACAUUUACCUCUCCAUAAAUCCUCUCCGAAUAUGAUGAUGGUGCCAUCUCCACUCAUGAGAAAGCCCACGACUCCUCUCGCUACAAGAAACAUUGACCAAGAACAAAACAUUAGUAAUAAUAAUCAUCGCAAUCAUAGUAUGAAUAAUAUUCAACAACAACAAGGAUCAGUUCAUUCAUCGCCCUCUUCCUUUAGAUCGUUUCAAUCUCCUAAAGGAAGCACGAGUGGUGGUGGAAGGAAGAAGAAAUUCUCUGCUAUGAAUUCUCAACAACGUCAGAUGAUUCCAACCUCAAAGAAUGAGUUGACCUCUCCUCAACAAAGUCCAAUUCCAAUGAUCAUUGACAAUACAGAAUUGGAGAGAGAUUUAUUGUCUCCUCUUCCUGCACUUGAUCUCGAAAAGGAUAUGACUCCUAUUGAACCAGUCCUUGAUAGUGGUGCAGCUGCUAGAUCAUUGGAUCCACAAAGAGAUGGCGAUGCACAGGACGAAAAUCUGGACUCUCGGACGACUUGGACAUGA